UGACGUUUUAGUUAAUUUCAUAAAUGUCAAUUUUUUAAAAACUAAGUUUAAAAUACGAAUUAAUGUAAUAAAAUUUAUAUUUUUUUAUAAAAUGGGUAUCGAUUUCGAUAUACUUGAACACUGUAAAAAAGUUAGAGCUGAUCACGGUCCUCCUUACACCUGCCCAGUGGAAAAAUGCGGCAGAACUUACAAAUCAGUUUGUGGAUUAUCGUACCAUCUAAAAAGUUUCGAUCACGAUAACCCUACUCCUUUAUCCCCUGUACAAGCAACUCCUAAACAUAAAAAAGGCAACAGACAUAAAUCUAAAUCGAAGAUACUCCAAACUCCCAUCGCUCCGGAUCCUCUAACAUUCGAAGAAGCCCAGCGAUUAGUACAAUUCGAAGUAAACAACGUCGUUUGUAGAUGGAACAUAAACGACGAACUUGAUUUCAUGUCUAAAGACGAUUUCUUGGAAGAAGAAACGCCAAAAAUCGAAGAAAAAUUUGAGGAAACGAAAAUUAAACUCCCCGAAGCCGAUUUUAGAGAAUUGGAAGACUAUAAUAUAUGCGACGCCCCUUCAAGACCUAUCGGAUAUAUUCGUUUCAUUGAAAAAAGCACCGAAGAAUUAGACGGCGAAGUGGAGUACGACGUAGACGAAGAAGACACCGCUUGGUUAUCAAUUAUGAACGAAAAACGCGAAACGCAAGGACUAGCUCCAGUUUCGAUCGAUUCCCUGGAAUUACUGAUGGAUAGGUUAGAAAAAGAAUCGUAUUUCCAAGCUUCGGUUAACGGUCAUUCGGGUGCCGUUGUGGACGACGACGCCGUUUGCUGCAUCUGCAUGGACGGGGAAUGCCAAAACACGAACGUCAUCCUCUUCUGCGAUAUGUGCAACUUGGCAGUACACCAGGAUUGUUACGGGGUGCCUUACAUUCCCGAAGGGCAGUGGUUAUGCAGAAGGUGUCUACAGUCUCCCAGCAGAGCCGUGGAUUGCGUUUUGUGUCCGAAUAAAGGGGGGGCGUUCAAACAGACCGAUCGGGGUAGUUGGGCGCACGUAGUUUGCGCUUUAUGGAUUCCCGAGGUUAGAUUUGCCAAUACAGUCUUUUUAGAACCCAUAGAUUCUAUAGAGACCAUACCGGCGGCUAGAUGGAAAUUGUCUUGUUAUAUUUGUAAGCAGAAAGGUGUCGGGGCGUGUAUACAGUGUCAUAAGAGUAGUUGUUAUUCGGCUUUUCACGUGACGUGCGCCCAACAGGCUGGUUUGUACAUGAAUAUGGAUACGGUGAAAGAUGGUAAUGAAUCCCAUCCCGUUCUGGUACAAAAAAUCGCUUAUUGUGAUACCCAUGCUCCUGUUGAUAGCGGAGACGCGAAAAAAGACGAUUCUCGCAAAAAAAUGAUUCAAGCUCGUAAAAUGUUGGCGAAAAAACGCACUUCCGCCCCCGUUAUACUCAUACCGACCAUCCCCCCCGAGCGUAUCCAAGAAAUCGGUUCUCUGGUAACCAUCGCGAAAAAAUCGCAAUUCAUUCAACGUCUAAUCGCUUAUUGGACGUUGAAACGCCAAUUCCGCAACGGGGUGCCGCUACUGAGACGCCUCCAGAGCGCCCAGGGCGGUACCCCGCGUGAUACGAACACCACCAACGUGGAUACCAUCGAAUUAUGUAGACAAUUGAAGUAUUGGCAGUGUCUGAGGCAGGAUUUGGAGAGGGCGAGAUUGUUGUGCGAAUUGGUGAGAAAAAGGGAGAAAUUGAAAUUGGAAUAUACGAGGGUUUACGAGAAAUUGAUGAGGAUCAAAUUGAAACCGUUGGAGGCGAGUUUGAGGAACGUCUUGGAGAUGAUUUCGGCCAAAGAUACCAACGAGAUAUUUACGGAACCGGUGGAUUUGGAGGAGGUUCCGGAUUAUCUUACGGUGGUAACGGACCCCAUGGAUCUGAGUACCAUGAGGAAGAAGCUGGAGGACGGUCUGUAUACGGAUUUGUCGUCGUUGGAGAAGGAUUUCGAUCUCAUGAUCGCCAAUUGCUUGGCUUACAAUAAUAAGGAUACGGUUUUUUAUAGGGCCGCCAUAAAGAUGCGAGAUCAAUGCGGCGUCAUAUUCCGACAGGCCAAAAAAGAAUUGGAAACAUCGGGACUUUUGGUGGUCGAAAAAGGCGCUAAGCAAAAACCCGGCGCCGGAAUCGUCGAAGAAGCCAUGGCUUCCGACAUUGAUCGAGAAUUAGAAAACUUGAAGGGAAAAUCCUCGACGGAUACGAUCGCCAAACUAGAGGAACUCUUGGCCAAAAGUCAAGCCCUAAAACACGGUUUGGCGCGCGCCAAACGCGUCAAAUUGAUCCGAAGCGAAAUAAACAAAACGAAAAAACUUUUAUCCGCCCGAACGGACGCCGAUCGCACCGACGCCGAUACAAAUAACGAAGACGACGACGUCAAAAACGCCGCGAAUAACGGAAAAACCCCGGCGGAAAACUCCCCUACGGGCGUUAAUCGAAGGACCGCCGUUCUGUUUACGAAAAAAGCCCAAGCGGCUAUGAAGAAAGAGGAAACCUUCGCAGCCAAACCGAAAAAAUCGAAAAUCGAUUCGAAAGACGAGGAUUCGGUGCCGGAAAGUUUUAAAGUUUAUCGCGCAGGCGCCCAAACGACGGACGACGAAAAUUCCGACAGCGACAACAGUUUAUCGACUUGUUAUUCGCAUAAUUUAUCGGAAAUACCUUCGGAGGACGAUAGUUCGGAUACGACGGCGGUUUCCGGUAACGAAGGGCAGGAUAACGACAAGGAACUCGUCCCUAUGCAAUUGGUUUGGGCCAAAUGUAGGGGAUAUCCGUGGUAUCCGGCGUUGAUCAUCGAUCCCGACAUUCCCAAAGGUUAUGUUUAUAAGAACGUACCGAUUCCAUCGCCGCCCCAAGAGGUGUUAGAUUUAGGUAAAAAUCACACCGAACAAGUUCAUUUGGUUUUAUUUUUCGAUGUAAAAAGAACAUGGCAAUGGUUGCCGAUGGAAAAAUUGGAAAUCCUCGGAUUGGACGUCGAAAACGACGAAUAUAAGGCUAACGAACCCAAAAAACCUACAGAUAGAAAAGCAGUUAAAAAAGCCUACGAAAACGCUCUAAAUUAUCAAGCUCAAAUAGCAGAAUUCGAUGAAGAAAAAUCGACCAAUUAGAAUUUUUCUGACUUUUGAAUAAAAAAAAAUUGAAAAA